UAAGAAAGCAAGGCAGAUUUCUUAAGGGGACUGGCAUUCACAAUGAAAUCAAAGCCUCGCACGCUUCUGUUACCUGCUUUCAUUCUUUAAAAGCGUAGGGGGGAAGGCGAAAGAAGGGGGAUUUUGAAAACGGAAUAACAUUAAUGCAACGCAGUAACGGAAAUGAAUCCCUAACGCACAGGACAAGCUCAAGAAGGCAGAAGAUCAUUGUGGCUCCCCCUUCCCCCCCAGCAACCCGAGAUGAAACCUUGGUGGUUACAUAUAGCACUUAUCCUGAGCCAUGUUCACCUUUCACUGGAGGCCCCUGCCGUUCUCUCCACUGAUAAACCUCCAGAACUGGGUGUGUUUCAGGUCACCGACACAACUUUGACACACUUGACUGUUCACAGGGUGACCGGAGAUGUGUUUGUUGGCGCUAUAAACCGAAUCUACAAGCUCUCUGCAAACCUGACUGAGCUUCGUGUGCAUGUUACAGGCCCGGUUGAAGACAACAGUUGGUGUUACCCUCCUCCCAGUGUCCGUUCCUGCACUCACAAGCUUGCUGCUUCUGAUAAUGUUAACAAGUUACUUUUGGUGGAUUAUAUGGGAGAUCGUCUAGUGGCUUGUGGUAGUGUGUGGCAAGGUGUUUGUCAGUUCUUAAGAUUAGAUGACCUCUUCAAAUUAGGUGAGCCACAUCACAGGAAGGAACAUUACUUAUCUGGAGCUAAAGAAGCAGAUGGCAUGGCUGGGGUAGUGGUGGUCAAAGAAGACAUUAAGACUGCAGACAAAAAAGGAAGCAAGAAGGGUAGCAGCCAUCUUUUUGUGGGUGCAGCUAUAGACGGAAAAUCGGAGUAUUUCCCUACCCUUUCUAGCCGUAAGCUUGUGGCUGACGAGGAAAGCGUUGAAAUGUUUAGCCUGGUCUAUCAGGAUGAGUUUGUUUCUUCCCAAAUCAAGAUCCCAUCAGAUACACUCUCCCUUUACCCUGCCUUUGACAUCUACUAUGUUUACGGCUUCUCUAGCCGUAGUUAUGUGUAUUUCCUAACCCUGCAACUGGACACUCAGCUCACUCAGCUGGAUGCUGGUGGAGAAAAGUUUUUUACCUCCAAGAUUGUCCGCAUGUGUGCUGAUGACUCAGAGUUCUAUUCGUAUGUGGAGUUCCCAUUGGGUUGCACCAAAGAUGGUGUGGAAUACCGCCUUGUGCAAGCUGCAUAUAAGCACAGGCCUGGGAAGAAGUUGGCACAGGCUCUUGGUCUCUCGGAGGACGAUGAUGUUCUGUUUGUGGUGUUCUCGCAAGGCCAGAAGAACCGUUCCAAUCCACCUAGGGAAUCUGUUCUCUGCCUGUUUUCCCUUCAAGAUGUGAACGAGGCCAUGAGGGAAAGGAUCCAGUCUUGCUAUCGUGGAGAAGGAAAGCUAUCCCUGCCUUGGCUGCUCAAUAAGGAGUUACCCUGCAUUAAUACGCCUAUGCAAAUUGAUGACAAUUUCUGUGGCCUAGUCCUGAAUCAGCCUUUGGGGGGCUUGCGUGUCAUUGAAGGAACACCGCUGUUUGAAGACCGAUCAGAUGGGAUGGCAGCUGUGGCUGCCUACACAUAUGGGGAACAUUCUGUAGUGUUUGUGGGAACACGAAGUGGCCAUCUAAAAAAGAUUCGAGUGGAUGGUGUACCAGCUGCUUCCCAGAAUGCACUGCUGUAUGAGACUGUACCAGUAGUGGAAGGAGGAGCUAUACUGCGAGAUAUGGCCUUCAGUCCUGAUUUUCGUUAUAUCUACCUGCUCAGUGAAAGACAGGUGAGCCGGGUACCUGUUGAGAGCUGUGGACAGUAUCCAACGUGUCAGACCUGCCUGGGUUCUGGAGACCCACAUUGCGGAUGGUGUGUGCUACACAACAAAUGCUCCCGACAGGAUGAGUGUGAAAAGUGGCAAGAAGCUCGCCGAUUCACCAGUGAGCUUAACCAGUGUGUGGAACUGACAGUGCAACCCAACAACAUCUCUGUCACUGUCUCCUCUGUACAGCUAACUCUUAGAGUGAGGAAUGUCCCUGACCUGUCCGCAGGGGUGACGUGCUCCUUUGAUGACUUGACAGAGAGUGAAGGCGAAAUCAUCUCUCGGGGUCAAGUUCUCUGUGUGUCCCCAUCAUUGCGUGAUAUCCCCUCUCUGGCCCACAGUCUCGGAGACCAGAAGAGUGUGAAGCUCUCUCUGAAAUCAAAGGAGACUGGACGCACAUUUGUAAGCACAGAUUUCGUCUUCUACAACUGCAGCGUACUGCAAUCGUGCCUUUCCUGCGUGAGUAGCUUGUACCGAUGUCACUGGUGUAAAUACAGACACAUCUGUACUAACAAUGUGGCCGAAUGCUCUUUCCAGGAAGGCAGAGUUAGCAGCACUCAGGGCUGCCCUCAGAUUAUUCCAAGCAGUGAUAUCCUGGUUCCUGCUGGCAUGCCCCGUCCCAUCACUCUGCGGGCACGCAACCUGCCCCAGCCCCAGUCAGGCCAAAAGAACUAUGAAUGCAUCUUUAACAUCCAGGGAAAAGUCCAGCGGGUGCCAGCUGUGCGCUUCAACAGCUCCUGCAUUCAGUGCCAGAACACCUCGUAUUGGUACGAGGGUGAUGACGUUGGGGACCUGGCUGUGGAUUUCUCAGUGGUGUGGGAUGAAGAUUUCUUCAUUGACAAACCAGCAUCCAUGAAAGCUUUGUUGUACAAAUGUGAGGCUCAGAGGGAGAGUUGUGGGAUGUGUCUGAAAGCAGAGCCCAGCUUUGACUGUGGAUGGUGCCUGGCAAAUAAGAAGUGCCUCCUGCGACAGAACUGCCACAGCCCAGAACUCAACUGGAUGCAUCCAGGCCGGCGAAAUGUGCGCUGCAGUCACCCCCGCAUCACCAAGAUUUACCCAUUAACUGGUCCAAAAGAAGGUGGCACACGUAUUUCAAUUUCUGGAGAGAACCUGGGCCUCCAAGUCCGAGAGAUCACCCAUGUCAGAGUGGCAGGUGUGCACUGCAAUCCCGUCCCUUUGGAGUACAUCAGUGCAGAAAAGAUUGUUUGUGACAUGGAAGAGUCACUCCUUCCCAAUCCUCCUGGAGGCCCUGUGGAGUUGUGUAUAGGAGACUGCAGCGCAGAAUAUCGUACUCAAUCUCAGCAGAGUUACAGCUUCGUGACUCCCACCUUCAAUAAAGUGUGGCCAGAGAGGGGUCCUGUAUCCGGUGGUACUCGUCUGACAAUCUUGGGGAAGCAGCUGGAUGCCGGCAGCUCUGUCACAGUUUUUGUAGGACAGGAUGAGUGUCUGUUUAUCAGGAGGAGCGUUCGAGACAUUGUGUGUUUUACUCCAGCUUCCUCCGCUGGCUCAGGCCCCACUGUCGUCAAGCUGUAUAUUGACAAGGCUGAGGUGAUUAAUCCUGAGGUGCGGUAUUUCUACACAGAAGACCCCACUGUGCUCAAAAUUGAGCCAGAAUGGAGCAUUUUCAACGGCAGCACUCCAAUGGUUGUGAUCGGUACAAACCUGCUAACUAUCCAAGAACCAAGAGUGAGGGCCAAAUAUGGAGGCUUUGAGACCAUAAACGAGUGCCAUGUUGUCAAUGACUCUGUGAUGACUUGCAGUGCCCCUGGAAUUUUGUACACAAAGAGACUGCCUCCAGAAUUGGGUCAGCGGCCAGAUGAGUUUGGCUUCAUUUUUGAUAAUGUCCAGCAAUUGCUUUCUCUCAAUGGGACCCCUUUCAUUUAUUAUCCAAACCCCUAUAUUGAGCCAUUUGGCAAUGCUGGGAUCCUGGAGGUGAAGCCUGGUUCUCCUAUCAUCCUGAAGGGCCGCAACUUAAUACCCCCUGCUCCUGGAAACACCAGAUUGAACUACACUGUACUGAUUGGAGAAAAGCCAUGCCACCUAACCGUGUCAGAAUCUCAGCUUCUUUGUGAAUCACCAAACCUCACUGGCGAGCACCGCGUCACGAUCCAAGUAGGAGGGCUAGAUUUUUCUCCAGGGAUACUGCACAUCUACUCCGACAGUGCUCUCACACUGCCCGCCAUCAUUGGCAUUGGUGCUGGAGGUGGAAUCCUGCUGAUUGCCAUCAUAGCUGUACUCAUUGCAUAUAAGCGUAAGACAAGAGAUGCUGACCGUACACUUAAGAGGCUGCAGCUCCAAAUGGACAACCUGGAGUCACGGGUAGCUCUGGAGUGUAAGGAAGCUUUUGCAGAACUGCAGACGGAUAUUCAGGAGCUGACCAAUGAUAUGGAUGGUGUCAAAAUCCCCUUCCUUGAGUAUCGUACCUACACCAUGAGAGUCAUGUUUCCUGGCAUCGAAGAACAUCCGAUUCUUAAAGAUUUUGAUUCCCCAGCAAAUGUUGAAAAGGCCCUGCGUCUGUUCAGCCAACUCCUCAAUAAUAAGAUCUUCUUGCUUAUCUUCAUCCACACCCUGGAGGCUCAGCGUUCCUUUUCCAUGAGAGACCGUGGUAAUGUGGCCUCCCUCCUUAUGGCAGCACUACAAGGCCGCAUGGAGUAUGCCACUGUGGUGCUCAAACAGUUGUUGGCUGACCUCAUCGAGAAGAACCUGGAGAACCGCAACCACCCAAAGCUGCUGUUGCGCAGGACGGAGUCUGUUGCCGAGAAGAUGUUAACAAACUGGUUCACCUUCUUGCUUCACCGCUUCCUGAAGGAGUGUGCUGGGGAGCCGCUCUUCAUGCUAUACUGUGCCAUCAAGCAGCAGAUGGAGAAAGGCCCAAUAGAUGCCAUCACUGGGGAGGCGAGAUAUUCUCUGAGCGAGGACAAGCUUAUCCGGCAGCAGAUUGACUACAAGCAGCUGACCCUGAACUGCAUUGCGCCGGAUGGGGAGGUCGGCACAGAGAUCCCAGUGAAAGUUCUCAACUGUGAUACGGUGACUCAGGUCAAAGACAAGCUCCUGGAUGCUGUUUACAAGGGGAUCCCCUACUCCCAAAGGCCACAAGCGGAGGACAUGGAUUUAGAAUGGAGGCAGGGCCGACUAUCACGGAUAAUUCUGCAGGAUGAAGAUGUCACCACACGAAUUGAGAAUGAUUGGAAGAGGCUCAAUACUCUAGCGCACUAUCAGGUGACAGAUGGAUCGCUUGUGGCCCUUGUUCAGAAACAGGUUUCUGCAUACAACAUCGCCAACUCUUUUACCUUCACACGCUCCCUGAGUCGAUACGAAAGUCUCCUACGCACAUCCAGCAGUCCUGAUAGUCUACGGUCAAGAGCACCCAUGAUCACACCUGACCAGGAAACCGGCACCAAAUUGUGGCAUCUUGUCAAAAAUCAUGAACAUUCAGACCACCGAGAAGGGGACCGGGGCAGCAAGAUGGUGUCCGAGAUCUACCUCACACGGCUGCUUGCAACAAAGGGGACACUGCAGAAAUUUGUGGACGACCUCUUUGAGACAGUCUUUAGUACGGCGCACCGGGGCAGUGCCCUUCCUCUUGCAAUCAAGUACAUGUUUGACUUUCUAGACGAGCAGGCUGACAAGCGCCAAAUCAGUGACCCCGAUGUACGGCACACCUGGAAAAGCAACUGCUUGCCUCUAAGGUUCUGGGUGAACGUCAUCAAAAACCCUCAGUUUGUCUUUGACAUCCACAAGAACAGCAUCACGGACGCAUGCCUGUCGGUGGUGGCGCAGACAUUCAUGGACUCUUGCUCUACCUCAGAGCACCGGCUGGGCAAAGACUCGCCGUCCAACAAGCUGCUAUAUGCCAAGGACAUCCCAAAUUACAAGACCUGGGUAGAGAGAUACUACAGGGAUAUUGCCAAAAUGCCGACAAUCAGUGACCAGGAUAUGGACGCCUAUCUGGUGGAACAGUCUCGUCUCCAUGCCAAUGAGUUCAACUCCUUGAGUGCACUCAAUGAAUUGUACUUCUAUGUCAGCAAGUACCGAGAAGAAAUUCUGACUGCCUUAGACAGAGAUGUCUACUGCCGGAAGCACAAACUACGUCACAAGCUGGAACAAGCCAUCAACCUAAUGUCUGGUAGCAGUUGAGGUCUAAGGUGUAGCAGCCUCGCUGGAAAUAAAACAGGAAUGUGCCAUAUUAAGAAAAUAAAAAAAACGCAACAAUAAUAAUAAUAAUAAUAAUAAGUGUAAAGAAGCCCUGGGCCCGGAUCCGCCUGGGCGAGCCUGUAGCAGUGAUGAGGAGCCACGACUUGGCAAACAUUCCAGGAGUUGUGCGAUGGGCCAGCCUUUUCGUUUUUCUAUCUUUUUUUGUCAGGGUGAUGCACACUUUUGGCCCAGUGUCAUUUCAAAGCUACUGUGUCCUGUGGGCUUUUAUUUUGUGAUUAGUUUGGUAGACUUGGCUCAAAACAGGCCUGAGCAGCCAGAGGCAGAUUUGUGGACAAUUUGGUCAUCUCUCUCUCUCUCUCUUUUUUUAAUGUAAGAGGUGGACUGCUUUCUGUAUGGACAGAUUUGUGCCAAGGAAAUCACCAUCAGUGUGACAUGAAGGCUUCAGGAUGUGCCCAGAAAUGUGUGCGAAGGAAAAAGUGGUAAGGGGAAGGAUGGGGGUGAAACACUGUUUACAGAAAGUCGGAGACACCAGCUGCCAAAGAAAAGCGCCAGACCUUUAGAGGCUGCUUCUUCACCCGCUGUGCCCCUCCCAAGCUCAGGGUGGCACAUACGAGCUGCUUGCUGCAUUUCACAUCCAUCUGCUCCUCCCUGUUCAAUUGAAGGUUAAUGAAUUAGAAAAUAAUUUCCGACACCAAGGGGCUGUGAAACUUGAAAAGCGCAAAGGUUGGGGGGACGCUGGACAGAAAUUAUUGGAUUAGGAAAAUUUGAAACAUUUUAAGAUAAAAUGCGAAAGAAAAUGAUUACCUAGAAUUUUCAGUGGUUUGCCUUUCCAGUGUAUUUACAAACUUACAUGAAUUAUUAAUUGGUAUGUAAAACAACCAAGAGUGGGGCCCUAAACCACUUAGAAUAGGCUCUGAACAUGGGUAGAAAAAACAUAUUUUUUGCUGUAAUGGUAAAAUGAGUUUAGAGUGUCCGUGGGUUGUUUUUGGUGUAUCAGUCUGGAUACUUUGAUCCUCCCAUUUUGUUUUUCUGAGCCCCCAUAUUCCGUUACACAGCACAGCGUUAUAUGCAAGAUGGGUUCUACCUUGGACAGGCACACUCCUGCUCAGAUGCACAUCCACUCAUACUGGGAUUGAAGCUUUCAUUAAAAUAGGAUCCACUGCUUUUUCAUGCUGUUUUUUAUUAAACCAAUUGUCUGUUUUAUUUAUUUAUUUUUUUCCAAAUUAAGAAUUUGAAAUAGUUGACUGUUUCAUUACAGUGAGUAGGUGAACAUUUUGCCUUCAUUUUUUUGUUAUUCAUUUUUUGUUCUUGUAAAAGAAAUGGCAAACAUCCAGUUGUGUUAAGGCUGUAAACGUUCACCGUGUCAAGUGAUGUCUAAUUAUAAAGGGGAAAACAAAUCCCCCACUGCCCACCAGCCAUCCCUACGUUAAUUUGUAGCAUUAGAAUACAUCCAGCGUGACUGUGUGUCUGGUACUAUUGCUGUCCCCGACACUCAACAUGGACAGACUGAACUCCUGCUGGACUUUUGUUAGACCCUUUUGUGAGAGUAUGAAGAAGAGUGAAUUUGUUGUUUCACUGGCUGCUGUGCAAUUGUUUCAUUCCAAGAGUCAGGGAGGUGGACACGAUUCUUUAUUUAAGCACUUUGCCGUAUAUAUCAGGGGCUCCAAAGUUCAGUCCUAGCGGACCACUGUGGCUGCAGGUUUUCAUCCCAACCAGCUUUUCUUUUACUUGAACUCCUAACAUAAUUAAACAAGCUCUUAUGUCCCACUCUCAGUGCUUACAAAAAAGACAAAACUGGGUUUCUGAAUUUCUAUUAGUAAACAUUUACGCAUGUUACAUGGCGAUACAAUCUUUAUUUUUCAGAUUUUCAUCAUCCUUAUGGUGAUUUUCGUUCCAGUUUUCCAGAUGUCCUGGCAUUUAUUUAGUAAUGAGCACACUAAUGGGUCUGAUACUCAAGUACCUGCAGCCUGUCACCAUUCUGUGUUGUCUGUUCUGGUGUCUGCCUUAUUCAUUGUUAACUGCCAUUAUUAGAAUGCGAUUAAGGGAGCAUAAAAGAUGUCUAAUAGGAAAAUGAUAGAGAGAGAUAAGUGGUGUGGCAAAGAUUCAGAUGUUUCAAAAUUUAUUAUAAAUGGAAAUCUCAUACUACUGUUCUUUUCUGAAUGCGGAAUAAGAGAAGAAAAAAUAAAAGACUAGCUAAUUAAACAAUGAGGCCAGUUCAAGGUAAAAUGGCUGACUGAUUGUGAAAGAGGUUUUGACAAAAACUUGCAGCCACGGUGGUCCUCCAGGACUGAACUUGGGUACCACUGCCCUCGAUGAUUGCGACAGCAUAUCAGCAGGAGUUUGCCUGUAAAGUCAUUUGCACAUAGGACAGAUAUCCGCCCCACCAUGUUCCCCUACUUCAGCCUUCUUCUCAGUGUGUAGUGCAGCUCCCUAUGUGUGAUGGUCAGCACACCUCUGCUGCAACAUUACAGGCCUCCAGGCAAAGCAGUGCACUGGGGCCCGUACCUACACGACCACUCAUCAAGUCACAACAUACAUAGAUUAGCAUGGGGACCCCGGGCAACUGCCCAGCGUGCCCAUGCGUUAAGAUGGCCCUGCUCUGCAGCUGUUUGGUGAGAGGAGGACCCAAACCUCUAUCCAGCUCAAGAUCAGGGCCCGUUUACACCUCUGGUUGCAUUGGAAAGCCAUUUAGAAGUCCUCAGAGCAGACCUUAACAAUAGAGUGAGAAAAAGAUGCUCUCAUCAUUUGGAGGUGCAAGAGAGUUUGGCCUAAACAGACUAUAAGAAGCCAUUGCCCCAUCUAUGUUUUAUACCAGCAGCACCUCAGAGAGCUUAAGAUUGGCAUCUGCCAUCCUGGCCACCUGAGGCUGAGCGGAAAGGCAACGCCAAAGGCAAGCAUCAGUUGCCAUCACCCCAUCCACAGUAGGGAGGCACGUCUUGGUGCUGCUCCCAUUACAUAUUGCGGAUGGACAUGUCCACCAGACCUGGCAUUUUUCCUCUCAGGUGUAAGUGCCUGUCAUCUGUGAAAACUGAGGGGCCUUUGGUUUUCGAGUAAAGCGAGCUUUUUCUCUGCCUUGCAGGAAGAUAAUCAUUGAGUGUGCUUUGCUCAUUCACACUUUCUGCAUAACAAACCUUUCUUACGUGGUUAUUAUUUUUUUUCUUCCUAACACUUAAGACUCCAUCUGUUCCCCAUCCUGAGACUGUGUGAGUGGUGAAGAUAUUCACGUUCAGUUUUUUUCCUUGGCAUUACCCAAAUGUCAUGCUGCUUCUGGCUUGUAUACAGGUAAACCCUGAAGACAGAAAUUCAAAAAAAAAAAAAGAACUUGCAUUUACUCCAAAAAUUGACACCAAACAACGAAUCUGGUAAAUCCACUGGUAAAUUGCUGCCUCAACCUACUUUUCUGGUCCACUGCACUGGUGGGGUCUGCAUUUAGCCAUUUGCUUCUAACUUAAUUGUCUUGGUGCUAAGGUGAUUUUGUCUCAACUUGUCUCAAUGUUGACUAAUCAGUUGUAACGAUCAAAUGUCUUGAACCACAGACCUUCAUGUAGCAGAUUCACUUGUUUUGUGCCUUUUAAGCAGAGCCACUCAGUAUAAGCGUGUGUCCAAACUCCAGACAUGCUGAAAGAACUGCCUAUUGCCCGUUCCUAUUUAGAAAGCCCAUUUAAUAUUGUUGGGUCCUCCACAUCAUCACAUGGUAGCACCUGUUCAGCUAUAAUGGAGACAGGAGACAUUGCUUGAGAUAUGUUGCGUUGAUGUGACUCCUACACAGGGCCUAUGCCCACACGUCCUCCAUCUUGCAACGUGAAAAACAUGUGGUCAUACUUUCCUCAUGUUUCACUUUAUCAUUUGCGAGUUACGUGUCAUGUCACAUAAAUAAUAACUCCCGACAUCUUUUCCAAUGCAGGAGUCAGCUUUCAUGAGAUGUUCCAAGCUUGGUUCACUAGUGAACCUCCAAGUAAAUGUGCCUGAGCUAAAAAAAAAAAAUGGAAUUGGUGCCACCAUUAAACAGUUCUGCGGGUAUCCUCUUUGUCCUGGCUGUAAUACUCAUCUCCAUAAACAUUUAGGAAGUGUCCUCUUGCGCACACACUACACACAUUUACCCAAGCAGCUCAGAGUGCAGCAGCGACCCUUCCACUCCCACGUCACCAACUAGAACAGCCACAGCACAAGAGGAAGCAGAGCAGACCCACAGGCUGCCAAAACGCUCGUCUUUGAAGGACACGGGCCAGUCAAGGCACAUCGAUGUAGGACAGAAUGGUGUUUCUGGGUGUUUCCUCUUUUUCCUUUUUAUUUUAUUUAUUUUUAUUUUUUUUUUAAAUCGCCUUUCAGUCUGUAUUUCAUCCAAAAAAAAAGAAAAAAUAAUCGUAAUGCGUACUCGAGACCAGUUGGGUUUAAAGCUAUUUAAAUAUGUUCUAAUGUUAUAAACUUGUUUACAAUUAAAAUUAAAAAGGAAUAUAUUUAUCUGCGUCCUAAGAAUAGGUUUUUAUUAUUGCUCUGCCUAACUCUUUUUUAAAUUAUUUAGUUUUAUGUUUUUUUUCUUUUUUAAAUUAUUUCCUGUUUCUAUGUUUUUGUUUUGUUUAUAAAGUUGUAGAAAUUAAUUAAUGGAAUCAUUUGCUGCAGUGAACUGUUAUGUAAAUAAUUGCACUUUUUAUUUGAUCCAAAAGGUUUUCAAAUGAUGGGAUCUUAACUUAUGUUAAAAAUGAGCAUGGUGUUUUGUUUUUGCUAAUAAAAGUGGAUGAAUCGA